CAUUUCCCCUUUAUCCCUCAUACCUUUUUCUUCUCAGCUCCCUGUUUGGUUUCCGAGAAAAUUUAAUUUACAAACUUUCUCAUGAAAUUUUCUUUCUCAAAUUACACCACCACCGUUCUCGGCACUUCAAUUUCUCAGAAAUUGAAAGUAAAACCAGCUUAUAACAUAACUGACACAGAAUCUCCUCUUCUUUUCUUGUAUUUUCUCGGAAGCCAAACAGGGGUUGUUUAUUUUGGUUGUAAUUAUGAUUAUGAUCAUGAUUGAGGAUUAGCUCUGUGUUUAGAUGAAAUAGUAAGCUAUGGUUUGCAGAGAUUAUAGCGUUGUGAAUAUGAACUUUUGAAUGUAUAAUGGGUUUCUGUUGCGAUUUAGCCCUGAAUUGGAUCAACUAUCUUAAUUGGGGUUUUAAUUAGGGUUUUGGCCUUGGGUGCUGCUUCUUAGUUGCUGCAACUUUCAGUUGGCAGUAAUGGAAAUGAUACUGGCGGAUCCUUAUGGGACGAAUCCUGGACCAAUUGAUGGCUCAGUGCUUUAUGAUCAGGACAAGCAUGUGUCUUCAGCAGUUUGGGAUGGACAGGAGCGUGGUGCACUCAGAUGCCACGAACACACUUCAAAGCUUGAUCAAUGGACACUCACGGAAAAACAGGUUGAGUUGGUAGAGAAGGCUGGAUUUGGUUAUUUAAGAUGGAUUCCGGCAAUUAGUCUUGAUAACCCACUCAUUUCUGCACUAGUUGAAAGGUGGAGGAGAGAAACAAACACUUUUCACCUUAAUGAUGGAGAAAUGACGGUAACUCUUCAGGAUGUCGCACUAUUGCUUGGACUAGCAAUUGAUGGAGAACCUGUAAUUGGUACAACACAUACCACCUGCAACUCAGUUUGUGACAGGUAUCUCGGAAAAGUACCAGAGCCUAGUUAUACUAGCGGUGGAAUGGUGAAGCUAAGCUGGUUGAAAGAGUUCUUUUCCCAUUGUCCCAAAGAUGCACCACUUGAAGUGAUUGAAUGUCAUACCCGUGCGUACCUCUUAUACCUUGUUGGAAGUACAAUAUUUUCCACAACUACUGGGAAUAAAGUCCCUGUCAUGUACCUUCCACUGUUUGAGAAUUUUGACGAUUGUGGGAGAUAUGCCUGGGGGGCAGCAGCAUUGGCAUUCUUGUACAGGGCACUGGGCAAUGCGUCCCUGAGAUCUCAAAGUACAAUUAGUGGCUGUUUAACGCUACUACAGUGCUGGAGUUACUUUCACCUAAAUAUUGGACGACCAAAGCUCAAUACUGAUUCAAUGCAUGAUCGUUUUCCUUUUGUGCUUAGCUGGAAGGGAAAGCAAAGUGGGCCAACAACAAACCGUGAUGUAGUGUUUUACCGUAAAGCUCUGGAUUCCUUGAAACCAUGUGAUGCGGAGUGGCUUCCGUAUAGAAAUAUGGACAGUACAGUGAUUCCAGAAGAUAUCAAGAGCAAUCUGAUUAUAGGGAGGUCCAAAACAAUGCUAAUAUGCUUUGACAAGGCGGAAAGGCAUCUCCCAAAUCGUUGCUUAAGGCAAUACGGCAAGUUUCAGUCAAUCCCAGAGGAUGUACAGCGAUGGGAGAGAAAAAGUCGUGGAGUUGAUGGUGGGGUUGACUUGUCAGGGAAAAUGGAGUCAGAGCUUAAUGAAUGGCUAGAACGUCAAUAUCAUAUUGUGGAUGGUGAUGAUGGUGCAGAUGAAAGUGAUUAUAUGCUGUGGUACUUGAAAAUUACACGCAAAUUUAUAGGGAGGCCUAUAUCUCUCUCGUCUGAGUUUCAAAGAACGAAUGCUGGGUUGAGGGAUAUUGCACGCAUAGCAGAUACAUUCAUAACAGAUGGGUUGAACCAACAACAAGUUGAUUCAAUAGAAGAAAUCAGGAAUAUCGCGCAUCAAUGUUUGAGGGACCAGGUAGGUGGUCCGGACAUACCAUCACCUACCCCACAAAGCGAAUUUGGGAAAAGGAUAAGAGGAAAGGAGAGGGUAAGAAGAAAAGGUAUGGGAAAACGUUUGCGGAAGGAUGAUCCAGCACAAUAUAUUACUGCUAGCGAGGAUGAUCAAUCCCAGUUUUGUGGUGCCGCUGUCAGGGUUGAGCAGUUAUGUUUUCAGGAUGCACAUAGUGCAGAUCAUUCGCAACUAUAUCCUGUUGACAGUGAGGUCACUGCUUUGCAUAUGAUCAGCGGAGAUGGUGAGCAUGAGAAUAUGCAGCUAUGCAGUGCCGACAUGGGGUUUGAUCAUUCAGAGCUAAGCCAUGCGGCUGCUGUGGAAGGUAAUUGUGAGCUAAUCCGUGCAGUUGUGAAGGUCGAUGACACACAGCUUUUUGAAGCAACCGAAGAGAUCGACUCACAGCUUUGUGAUGCAAUAAAUGAAGUCAAGGACUCACAACGGUCUGAUUCAACUAAGGUAGUCGAUCCACAGAUUUGCAGUGCAACUAAGGUCAUUGACUCACAGCUCCAUGGUGCACAUAACGAGGUUGAUGAUUCAGAACUUCGUCAUGUUUCAAGUGAGAGUGAUCCACACCCAUCUAAAGUUGAAGCAGAGGUUGUUCCAGAGCCUUCUCUUGAAACUCCUCAGGAUAUUGCGCAGCAGAGUAAAUGCAGUGUUGUAGUAUAAAGUAAAGGUGCUGUCAUACAAUUUUUCUGAGGCAGCGCGACCCCUAACUAUACAGAAUUACGAAUAUGCAGUCUUGGAAAAGUAACAGCUCCACAUAUAUAUGGCUAGUUGACUAUGCUUGGAUUCAUGUUGAUUGUUGUACUGUUUUGUGCUGUGCAACGAUUUACUACGUCUUUAGUUUAUCGAUUACUCAUUUUUGUUUCCAAAUGUUAAAAUUACCGGAACUUGUGUUUGUUUAGGUACAGGAAAUAAUGUUCCACGCACUAGUAUAAUUUCGUGUAUAGUUUGAUCCCUUUGAAAAUUUUGAUGUUUCAUUUCUUGCCGUUAUUUUUGUUA